AUGUCGUUUCCGAAGACCCAGAACGAAUGGCGAAUGGCCUUGGAUUCACUUCCUCCUACCCCCGAGAAAAUCCCUGCUUUCUUCUUUGGGCACGGGUCCCCGAUGCUCAUUGCCAGACAGGACUUGAACUCACCCAUGCCAAUCGCCAUGGGCUCAGAGGGUGACCUCGCAAAGUUUUUGCGUGAUUUCGGUCCAGCUUUGAGGGCCAAGUACAAGCCAAAGGGCAUUGUUGUGUUCAGUGCUCACUGGGAAACGAUAGGAGCACGUCACGUGACGGAUUACGGAGAUAAGAACCCCCUGCUCAUGGACUACUUUGGGUUUGAACCCUACUUCUAUCAACAAACAUUCGAAUCCAAAGGAGACCGCGCCUUGGCCGAGCGCCUUGUGCAGUUGUACAAAGAGGCAGGCCAAAAAGCCAAGCUCUCCGGCGUUCGUGAGAGCCGCGGGUGGGAUGGCCGCACUUCUCCCCCUAGUCAAGGCCCAGGAUUCGACCAUGGUGUCUUUGUCCCUUUCAAGCUUAUGUUUGGGGACAAGGUGGACGAUGUGCCCAUCGUUCAAGUAUCCAUCGAAAGGUCUGGUGAUCCAGAACAGAACUGGGCAGUCGGAAAGGCAGUAUCGAAACUCAGGUCCGUUUUUGGGCCCACUAUUUACGUUCGCACAUUUAUAGAGCCGACAUAUCUGAUGUCUCGUAUUCAUAGAGAAGAGGGGAUUCUCAUCCUAGCAGGCGGUCUGACCGUCCACAAUCUUCGUGAUCCAAGGCAAUUCUCAGAGAAGGCAGCGUCACCCAACGUUAAGAUGUUUGAUCAGGCAAUUACAGUGGCUGCAUCUCAGUCCCAGCUUGACGAACGGAAGCAGUCGAUGUUCAACCUCGUGAAGCACGAUGGCUUCGCGCAGGCGCACCCCUCCGCUGAGCAUUUUGUUCCGCUGUAUGUUGCCGCGGGCGCAGGUGAGGAGGGGGGUGUUCAGGUUAUCAGCGCCAUUUACUCUGCUCCGACUAUUGCAUUCGGGAUUUAA